AUGCCGAGCCCGGCAGCACAAGAGGCGCUCAUUCGGCAAGUCUACAAGGCGGCAGGUCUCGAUAUCACGAAACCUGAGGACAGGUGUCAAUAUUUCGAAGCCCACGGAACGGGGACUCAAGCGGCAGAUCCACAAGAAGCCUGUGCCAUCUCGUCGGCUUUCUUCGGCCACAGACAGCGUGCAGUUGACGAAGACCCACUCUACGUGGGUAGUAUAAAGACCAUCAUCGGUCACACUGAAGGUACUGCAGGGGUUGCUGGCCUGAUUAAAGCAUCGCAGGUCAUACAGCUUGGGGUUCUCCCCCCAAACAUGCUAUUCAAUGAGCUGAAUCCGAGAGUGGCCCCGUUCUAUUCAGAUCUGUGGGUCGUCAACGAGCAACAGGCCUGGCCGGCGCUCAAGUUCAAUCAACCACAACGCGUAAGCGUCAACUCGUUCGGAUUUGGUGGAACAAAUGCCCAUGUAAUUCUCGAAUCAUACGUUGCCGCCUCGAAGUUAGCGCUGGAUCCAGCACCAACGCCUUGCCUCGCCCCGAUCGUGCUCUCCGCACACUCUACUGCCUCACUAAAAGCUUCCCUGGAGGACCUCAAGCAAUGUCUAACCAGCCAGCCGGAACUCCAGCUGUGCAAUCUGGCCUGGACACUGCUGAAUAAGCGGUCAACCCUCCAAGUCCGCCAUACGAGCCAAGCAAAAACCGUGCCAUCACUUUGCGAGGCUCUCGACCGCGAUGCACCUUUGGUGUCAGGAAAGCAAGCCGUCACAACGAUAUCGGACAUGAAGAGAAAACCUCAAGUUCUUGGUAUUUUUACUGGUCAGGGUGCUCAGUGGCCAGCAAUGGGAAAAAUCCUCAUGUCUGAAGUUGCAUACGCACGAAGUAUCGUUUCAGAGCUUGAUUACAGCCUUCAGAGCUUACCAGCCGAGUACCGACCCCGAUGGAGUCUCAUGCAUCAACUUCUCCUGGAAGGUGACCACUCCAAUGUGCACCAUGCUGCCUUUUCUCAGCCACUUUGUUGUGCGGUCCAGAUCAUGCUGAUCAAGCUCCUUGAAGCGGCAGGGGUGACAUUCAAGGUCGUCAUCGGGCACAGUUCAGGGGAGAUAGCUUGUGCCUUCGCUGCCGGCUUCGUAUCGGCGUCGCAAGAGCCAUCCGUAUUGUAUACCUUCGCGGCCUUACCCAAUGGUCCAGACUCCGUUACGCUCUCUGGAGGUAAGGACGCCAUCCUCGAGGCAUACGAUAUUCUUAUUGACGAAUCUCGCUUUGCUCGAGUCCUCAAAGUUGACAAGGCUUACCACUCACACCAUAUGCGUCCUUGCGCAGAGCCGUAUGUUGCCGCUCUGAAAGCUUGUGGGUGUGAUACGUUUACCUCGCGCAAUGUGCCCCGAAGCACUUGGCUCUCGUCCGUACACGAAGGGAAGAUAAUGCAGCUCGAGGACCUUAGCGCCGAGUACUGGAAAGAGAACUUGCUCUCCCCGGUCCUCUUUUCUCCAGCGGUCGAACUAGCAGUCCUGAAGCACAUGCCCCUUGACAUUUGCAUCGAGGUUGGCGCUCACCCUGCGCUGAAGAACCCAACCCUGCAGACCAUCCAAAACUCUAUCGGGUCUGACCUCCCGUACGUGGGCUGCAUGGAGCGCAAGAAAGACGACACCGAAGCCUUCUCUUCAUGCUUGGGAUACAUGUGGUUGCAUUUCGGCUCGGCGGCUAUUGAUAUCGACAACUUGUAUAGCAGCCUGUCAAUCAAUGCACAAGUCCGUGAUCUCUCGAAGGAGCUUCCGAGCUAUUCCUGGGACCACUCGCGCUCGUACAGGAAGGAGUCCCGCGCACUUCGCGCCUUGCUUGAUGCAGAAAGGCCUCAUCUGUUGCUCGGCAGGCGCUCUGCCCACAGCACUCCUUUGUCGAUGCACUGGCAAAAUUUCAUACGUCCACGGGAUAUUGAAUGGCUCGACGGCCACUCACUUCAGGGACAGAUUGUGUUCCCUGGGGCAGGCUACGUUGUCAUGGCUAUGGAGGCCGCCGUAAAGCUGAGCGGCGAGCGGAGCAUUCAGCUCUUGGAAGUUCUGGACGUCAAAAUCGACAAGGCUGUUACCUUUGAAGAUGAGAACAGCAUGGUCGAGCUCAACCUAAGCCUUGACGUAAACCCGUCGCAGACUACGGAUGCAUAUGCCGUGUGUAGUUUCACCAUCACCUCGUGCCUCGCCAGAGAGACUGGGCCCACUCGUUCAGUCGCUGGCACACUCGCCAUCACUUAUGGGUCAGCGACGCGCGAGGCUCUGCCCGCACCCUCGGACGAACCCGCUCACCUCAAUGAUAUCAGCAUCGACCGAUUCUACAAUAUGCUUGACGAGGCUGGGUACAACUAUACCAAGCAGUUCCGCGGAAUCACCGGCCUCAGACGCGGUAACGGCAGGGCGUACGGCACAAUCAACUUCCACCGCCUGGAAGACGGCCACCGCAACAUGGCCAUCCAUCCUAGCACGCUCGAUGUUGCUUUUCAGAGCAUGAUCGGAGCAUACGCAGCUCCUGGUGAUGGGCUUCUACGAUCCCUGCUUGUUCCUACUGGAAUCGAUCGCAUCGCUCUAAACCCGUGGGUUGCUCAUUGGAUUAACGAUUCGUCUAGUCAAGUAGACUUCAUCUCCACCAAUUUGUCAAGCGUUGGCACAAACAUGCAAGGUGAUAUUGAGGUCUUUGAUCCCGAGACUAAGACAACGAUGCUUCACAUUGAGGGUAUUGGUUUUAAGCCCACCUUCCCACCCUCAGCUGCAGACGAUCACGACAUGUACACUAAAUGGAGCUGGGGUCCUCUGAAUCCGGAUCCGUUGCUCGACGAAGUCGAUAGACAUGCCACAGAGCAGGACAAGAAGGACGUUGCAGUCAUCGAGCGGGUUACGUAUUGGUAUAUCAGAUUUGUCCUGGACAGUGUGACCGCCGAGGAUCGUGAGAAAGCACCCUUCCACUUCGCAAAGUAUAUCCAAUGGUGUGAGUAUGUGCUCAGUGAAACCCAAGUUGGUCGCAAUGUAUGGUACACACCAGAUUGGGAUAAAGAUACACGUGCCGAUAUCGAAGAAAUGAUCCGAAAAAAUAUAUCACAACCGUUCAUCCGUCUCAUCCAGAGAGUUGGCGAAGGUGCUUUGCAAACAUUUCGCAACAAUGAGAAUGCCUUCGAUCUCCUGGACCACGACGGCCUGCUCACGGAGUUCUACAGCGGGGAAGUGAGUUACGGCCAAUCUUAUUACUACCACCAACGGAUGCUCGAGCAAAUCACUCACCGCUACCCGAACAUAGACGUUCUUGAAGUUGGAGCGGGCACAGCGGGAGCGACACGAUUGUUUUUGAACCAUGAUGAGCUCUCUUUUAACAGCUACACCUUCACCGAUAUUUCCCGCACCUUCUUCGAACCAGCCGCCCAAGAUUUUGGGCGACACGCAGCAAAGAUAGACUUCCGACCACUCGACAUCCAUUGGUGGUCCGGUCAUGAUGAAGGUCGUGUGCUGCAGCCCUUCAUUUCCUAUGAUGAAUGGGACAAAUUACUGAAGAGAACCGGGUUCUCUGGCAUUGACAGCCGCUCUUUUGACCCAGACAGUACCACCUUCCCAAGCGGCGUGUUCCUUUCCCAUGCUAUAGACGAAUUCAUAGAGAAGCUAGAUUCGCCCCUGACUGCUCCUUUUGAGGACUCUUAUGGGCCCCUGGUUGUCGUCGGAGGUUCCUCGCCAAAAACGACCGAGCUCGUUGUUCGACUCACCGACAUCCUACCGGCACGCAAAUUUGACACCGUCCCAAGCCUCCGAGAGAUCAUCGACUUUGACCUAUAUCCAGGGUUAACAUUCAUUGUACUCUUGGAGCUUGAUGAACAUACCUUUGCAGGAUUGGACGACGAAAAAUUCGAUGCCUUACAAACUAUCUUCAAUGCUGCUCACCAUGUCUUGUGGGUGACCGAAAACGCUUGGAAUGAGAAUGCCCAGCAAACCCAGUCCAUCGGCCUACUCCGUACAUUGCGUCACGAAUAUCCCGACAUUCAGAUCCAACUGCUGGAUGUUGACAACGUUCGAAACCUGCGCCCUCAUUUCCUGAUCGAGACGGUGCUGUGUCUGGAACAUGGCACGAAAUGGGAGGACGGCGGCUUUCUAUGGACUCAAGAACCCGAGCUGUACUUGUCUAGCGGCAAGGUCCUGAUAUCGCGUCUCAAACGUGAUGUAGACAGGAACAAUCGACUAAAUUCUGGACGCCGUCCCAUUCUGGUCGACCUAGACCCCCGAAAAGAGAUUUUGAGCUUGGAAUACAAUGAAGAGAAGCCUUUCUUCGGAACCAAUGUAGAACGGUGUAUUCCCUUGUUCCCUGACGAGACUUCGGUGAAGGUCCAUGUGCAGUACUCGCUCGCAAAGGCUCUCCGGAUCGGCCGAUUGGGGUUCUACCAUCUGAUUCAGGGCAACGUUGCCGGUUCCGAGGAUACGAUCGUGGUGGCUUUAUCGGACCGCAACGCUUCCAAUGUCCAGGUGCCUUCUCGCCAAGUUAUUGAUGUCGGAAGCAGACAGGAGUGGGCUAAGUCGCCGCUCCUGGACAUCUCGGCAAUUAUUGUCGCCGUCGCUCUGAUGUCUGACCUCGUGCAAGGUUCGACAGUGCUGGUCUUUGAGCCUCCCAGCUUCUAUGUCGAGAGUCUGCGCGACCAAGCUGCGGCUGCCGGCAUCUCACUGACGUUUGCUUCCACCAAGGCUGCGCCCAAAGUGGGCGGUAUCCAGUGGAUUAAUCUACACGAAAGGGAGACCGAGCGAAGCCUGCGCCAGAAACUGCCCACGAAGACUUCCGUGCUAUACGACUUGGUUGCCGAUCAGAAUCCGGCAAGUUUAAGCCGUCGGCUUUUCAGGUGUCUUCCACCUAGCUGCUCAGUCCGUGGGCCAGACUACUUGUUCCAGAAUGUCGCGACACCAAUGUCGGCAUUGGGCUCUCAAGCAGCGACCCAGAUCCUCGCUGAAGCUGUUAAGAUCGUGCGAAAACCCGGCGAUAUCGCCAAUAUGCCAAUUCUCACAGGUCAUGAGAUCUUGUCUUCCAAGAGUGCUCCUGAGGCCAACGCAAUGAUAGAUUGGGCAAAAGACAAACUCAUUACUAGUCGCAUCCGGCCCAUUGAGACAAAUGGCCUAUUUGUUGGAGACAAGACGUAUUUGCUGGUCGGCCUUGCUGGUGACAUGGGUCGUUCGAUCGCUCGAUUUAUGGUUGAGCGUGGCGCGCGUCAUAUUGUACUGUCCAGUCGUGUCCCCAAGAUUGACCAACGUUGGAUCGACGAUAUCGCUCGUUCUGGAGGUAGAGUAAUGGUACUUCCUAUGGAUGUCUCCAACGAAGCCUCAGUCGACAAAGACCUGGCAGAGGUACGUGCUUCAAUGCCUCCAAUCGCCGGAGUGGCGUUUGGGCCGCUUCUGCUCCAGGACGUUAUGUUCAAGAAUAUGGAACUCUGGAUGAUGGACAUGGUCCUGGCGCCCAAGGUAACAGGGGUUCGCCUGUUAAACGAACGUUUAUCUGAUCCGGCAAACCCGCUGGACUUCUUCGUGAUGUUCUCAUCUAUCGCGAUGGUUGUAGGCAACCCGAGACAGGCCGCAUAUAGUGCUGCGAACGCAUACCUCCAUGCUAUAACCCAGCAAAGACGCGCUCGCGGCAUGGCCGCAUCGACUAUCGAUAUCGGUGCUGUCAUUGGAGUCAAGGAGUGGGAGCUCCAUGCCCUCUUCGCGGAAGCCGUUGUGGCAGGCCGAAAUAAGGAGAUCGACGACGUGGAACUCGUCACUGGCAUGGUCCACAUGGAUGAGAAAGAGCGAGAUCGAAUUCCCUGGUAUAACGACCCGCGCUUUGCCGCAUUCAAGUUGUCUGAUCGUCAAACCGCUGGCAACGCAGCCACUGGGGCUGUCGAAUCCCUGAAAGAUCAAUUGACAAAGGCCGAAACUGUGGAUCAGGUCCGCGCCAUCAUCCUUAAAGGCGUGUCAAGCAGAAUUCGUGGAGCCUUGCUGCUCGCCACGACCGACGAGCUGAAUCUGACAGCACCUUUGAUUGACCAGGGAGUGGACUCUCUCAGCGCGGUGACGGUAGCCUCGUGGUUUACCAAGAAUCUCAACCUCGACGUUCCUUUGUUGAAGAUUCUAGGCGGCGCCUCGGUGUCCGACUUGGUUGACGAUGCUGUCUCUCGCCUGAGUUCCGACUUGAUUCCACUGGUUCAUUCUGGAUCUCAAGAGGACCGGGUGCAAAUAGCCGAGAGCGUACCGCCAACCGCACCAUCAGAGACCGUCGGCACGUCUUCCAGUGACGGAUCUACUUUCUCUGUUGAACACAGUAGCGACAUGCCAACGCCGCUAUCUCAAAGUUCUGAAGCCGAUGACGGUUUUCAGCAUGUAGGACCGCUUUCCAUCAUGCAAGAGUACACGUGGAAGCAGAUGCAACUUCCUCUGGAUCCAACCACCUUCAAUAGCACCAUUGGCAUGUAUAUGCAAGGCCCUCUCGACCUGAGUCGCCUCGACUGGGCUUUUGGUCAGGCUCUGCAGCGCAGUGACGCAUUUCGUACGUGUUUCAUCUCUGAUCCGGACUCCUCCUUUGAGGGGCCUAUGCAGGCAAUCAUGAGAUUACCCCGAAACUCCUUUCAAUCCUACAGAGUUGCAGACAGGAACACUGCCGACGAAGAAUUCAAGAACCUCCAAAAGGCUAAGUACGAUCUGGACAAAGGGGAUACGCUCAAGAUCAUCGACUACUUCUGGACGCCCACCGAUCACCUCCUGGUCAUCGCCUACCAUCGCCUCGUCGGCGACGGCUGGACCACCGAGCACCUUUUCGUCGACGUUAGCCGGCUCUAUGGCGGCCUGCCGCUCGAACCAGCACCAAGCUACGUCGACUACGCGAUCCGCCAACGUUCACAGCUCACGUCGGGCGCCUUUGACCCCGACCUCACCUAUUGGUCCGACCUUUUUCGAACUCUGCCACCCCGCCUGCCUGCCCUCUCCCUAGCGUCCACCAACCCGUUCAGCUCGACACCUCUCGAUUGGACCUCCCACGAAGCCACUGCAAGGCUCAACCGCAUGGAGGCAGUCCGCAUCAAGGACCGCAGCCGCAAACGGCAAGCCACCCCAAUGCACUUCUACCUCGCCUCAUUCUACAUCCUCAUUGCUCGGCUGACUGCCUCCACCGAUAUCGCCAUUGGCGUGGCCGACGCCGGUCGCUCCUCCCUCAUCGACCAAGCCACAAUGGGCUUCUUCGCAUCCUACCUCCCUCUGCGCUUGCCCUACGACCCCGGCCACACUUUCAACGAAGCCCUUGGCGCCAUUAAAGAGCAAAUGCGCGCCGCUCUCCUCCACAGUGCCGUCCCCUUGCCCUCCAUUCUCGACCGGCUCGGCCUGCCGAUCAGCCCAAGCGCGGCCGACCCCUCUUCCUAUGCGCCACUCUUCCAGGCCAUCUUCGACUACAAGCAAGGCCAGACGGAAAGCGGAAGCAUCGGCGAGGCAAAGAUGGUCGAGACUAAUAUCCCACGUGCGGGGACUCCGUAUGAUAUCACAUUGCAGAUUGGGGAUGAUCCGAGCAAAGAGGAGCCGGUGAUCACGGUGAAGCUGCUUAAGGAGCGGUAUGGGCUAGGAGCCGCCGAGGCGGUGAUGCAGGCCUAUCUGUCGAUCCUGAACACCUUUUCAAGGAAGCCCGUUCUAAGGGUUACGGACGGAACGUUAGAUCAGGGUGCUAAAGCAAAGAGUUGA